AUGAUUCCACUAGCCACUGUAAUAUGGCUACUUGGAAUUAUCCACCAGACUAGGCAGCUUUUUCUCGAGUCCCCCUCAAAUUUAUCAACUAUCGCUGGUGAAAGUAUAACAUUUCGAUGUGCAGCUGAGAAAAGUCCAGAACCCAUAGUAUACAGUCAAUGGAAGUCGAAUACGGGCUCAUUGCUGGGGUACCAUCAAGAAGGUGUUCUUCCAGGUCAUCAAGGAAGGUUUAGUUAUGUCAAACAAAACGCGGAAGAACUUCACCUCAAGAUCACUCACGUCAAUCUUGAUGAUGAUGGAGAAUAUGAGUGUCAGAUGUUACACCCGGAAGAGGGACCAAUACGCGCCAAGGCAUUUUUAAACAUUCUCGUUCCACCUCAACUCGUCUACUUCUCCAACUACCAACCAAAUUCUGUGAUCGCUGUCAAAGAGAACACUCCACUGAACAUCACAUGUGUUGUACCAAAUGUGAAGCCGGAUCCUCAAGUUUCAUGGUACAUGGAUGGAAAAGUGAUGAGCCGGGAUGUCAAGCAAGCGUCGAUGCCGCACCUCAAUAAAACUUUCACAGUUUACACUAGUCUCGUCAUUCAACCCGGUCGUAGUGAUCAUGGGAAAAUUGUGACAUGUGAAGUGGUUCAGAAAGAAACGGAGACCCGAAUCACCACUAAUACAACUUUAGAUGUUCUUUUCCCACCAUCCGAGCCAAUUGUGGAGAUCCUCGGAAAUCCGAGUGUGUUGAGAGCGGGAGAUAAUGUAACGGUUGCAUGCGCGGUGACAGGCGGUAAUCCGCCGCCAGAUGUUUUUUGGUACCACGAGAACAAAAGGUUGCAAUCGCACUCGACGCUCGACACGCGCACCAAGGAGAUCAGAAAUGUCUAUUCAUUCAUUGCAACGCAAAACGAUAACAUGGCCGAGUAUGAGUGUCGCGCAAAUAAUAGUCACUCAGGGAACGCUAAGAGGAAAGCGUUAAAAUUUGAAGUGAAUUACCCACCUGCAAGUGUUGAAUUGUUUGGUGAGAGCAAUAUUCGAUACGGUAGCAGUGCAAUGAUUCAAUGCAAAUCACUAUCAUCCAAUCCAGCAUCUCAAAUCACGUGGGUCAUCAACGGCCGGACAGUUCCAACACCAACGCAGCGAGAAUUUUUCAUGGAAAAUGGAAUAGUGUCAAGUUCAAAUAUCUCCGUGCAUUCAAAUGAAUUGUCCCAAGACGCUCAUCAAAUUAAUGUAGAGUGUAUUGCAACCAAUCCGGAGGGUUCUUCAGCCAAACAACAUUUGAUUAAAAUCAUUGGUAAAACUUUUUUUCUGCAUUUUUACUGCAAUGUGGCUAUUCCAGCACCACCCAAAGCACCACGAAUAACAGGUCUAGAAGAUCGGAAAUUCUUCGAAGGUGACAUUGUCAACGUCACAUGUGAAGCUCAAGGUGGAAACCCUCUAGCCGAGCUUUCAUGGUACCGUGGAAGUGAGAAAUUUGAUACUGAAAAUAUUUUUGAAGCAUUUGGUAAAAGGAAGAAAGAAGAUGAAAUGGUAAAUGGAGCUCAUAAUGAAGUUGCUGGCUUCUCAUCGUUCUCUACCCUUGCUCUCCGUGUGGACCGCACCAUGAACACCCAGCGUCUAAAAUGUGAAGCCACAAAUGCGGCACUUGAUGAACCACUGAUCGAAUCUCAGUAUCUUUCCGUCUACUGUAAGUUCCAAAUCAAUCAAUAUUUUAAUAGAGCUUCCCCAUUCCCAGACCCACCACGUCGAGUACUAAUCCGACCAGCCGAGUCUAGUGAUCAGCGUUUGCUAAUCAACAAGCCAGCUAGACUAGUUUGUGGAACAUUAUCUUCCAAUCCAGCUGCACAGAUAACGUGGCAAUUUUCAAGAGCUAAUGAUGGCAAAGUUCAUCCUGGAGAUGUCAGCUUGAAUGAAACAACAAGAGAUAACGGAUACAACGUUGAAAAUGUUUUGUCUUUUGUUCCAACUGAAGAAUACGAUGGUACUGUAGUUCAUUGCAUUGCAAAUCAUCCAGAAUGGAAGCAUUCUGUGAACACAUCAUUCCCACUUAAUGUCAUGUAUCCCCCAAAGAUGUUGGUUAAUGAUCCGGUUACUGUAAUAAUGUCAGAAGGAGAUUCUUUCAAAGAGAAUCUCACUGUUCGCGGUAAUCCUGCAGUAUCUCUGUGGCAGUGGAGGAAAAACGGUGUUCCAUUUGACCAUACCAUUGGACGAGUCUUCGCCAGAGGAGCAGUGCUUUCCGGAAAACAAUUAUUAAGCACAGACGCUGGAGUCUACACUCUGACGGCAACGAACAGUGUUGGAAGUACAAAUAUUACUAUCAAGUUGGCAGUGGAGUACAGUGCGAGAAUCACCAGCAUUUCCACCCCAGCAAUUGCCGCCACCGGAGACACUAUCCUCCUAGAAUGCGAAGCUGAAGGAGAACCAAGCAAGUCGAACAUGAUCAAUUGGUACAAAAACGGUGAACCACUUCCAACCCAAUACCGAGGCAACAAGAAAGCCAUCCUCCGACUGAAUGCGACCGAGCAACAAUCCGGUGAAUACAUCUGUCGAGCUGACAACGGAAUUGGAGUUCCUGCAGAAGGAAAGACCUUUUUGCUGGUGAAUUCUGCUCCACGAGUGCUUCCGGUUGCGAGAUAUUCCAAGACAGCUGGAAUUUUGGGCGGUGUUGCAAAGGCCAGAUGCAAAGUUUAUGCGGUGCCAACAGUAGAGUUUGUGUGGGAAAAAGAUGAGCAAUUGAUCAAGAAGAAUAGCUCAAAAUACUCAAUUGUGAAUACACAGAUUGAUUAUUCCACGUAUGAGAGUACCCUGUGGAUCAAGAACAUUGUGCCAGAUGACUAUACAAAAACUGUAAAAUGUAUUGCGAGAAACAGUUUUGGAACCGACUAUCUUUCCAUCCCAAUAAUCCCACCUACCAACCCAGAAGAGCCUUUCAAUUUGACAAUGACAAAUUCAACAUUGAAUACAAUUUCUGUAGCGUGGGAGCCUAGAUUUGAUGGUGGAUCAGACCAAAUUUUUGAAAUCAAAUAUAAGAAACAAAAUGAUGAUCUCAUCCACCUUGUCAAUACUAGUCAUACUAACCUUCGCCUCUCCGGCCUUGCUAUUGCCAAUACAUAUUACUUCCAAAUCCGAGCAAUUAACGCGAGAGGUUUCGCAUCCGGUUGGACGUCCCCUGUCAUUUUCGCAACUCUGAAUGAAGAUGGAGUGAAUAUUGCAAUGGUCCAAAAUCGAGAAAUGAAAUAUAUAAAAUACUUCCCAGUUUUGCUCAUUGCCAUUUGUUGCAUUUUGAUAGCCAUUUUGGUCGCGUGCUGUCUCCUAUGCAGUCGAAACAAGAAAAGGAAGCUGAGAGAAAAAACCGAGAUGGCAAGAACAGCAAUUAACGGCGGCGAUGUCCGUCAAGUCCAAAUGUACGGAACGAUGAUGGGUCAUGACGGGAUGACGCGUCACGACAUUGACGACCGACCGGAUAUGAGUGAAGAUGAACAUUCAGUGAGAACGAUGAUUGAAGUCUCACCAAAUGGGUACAUGCAACCUAUUGAACCAAUGCUUUAUGAAAGUACUGGUUUGUUGGAGUAUGAUUAUCAGAGUGGGCGAAGUUACAUGGGCAGCUCCCAAGGUACCACUGGCAGAAAUAUAACAUAUGCGAAUGUUCCAUACCCGGAACCUCCACAACCCAGUUAUCACCAUCACUCUAACUGGAAUUCCCUUCAAAGGCAAUCCAACAACAACACAAGUCCUCAACAUCAUCUCUCCACUUUCAUCAAUCCGAUGGGAGUGCGAGCGGGUCCAAUCAACUACGCGCAGCUCGACGGAGAUCUUGUUUAG